AUGAAAAUCAUUCACCAAUUUCGGCUAUGUAUUUUGGCAAUUUGCUAUCUCAUCCAUAUCACUUAUACAUCUGAAUCAGACAAUUUCUACUAUUCAAAUACUGUCCCAGAAGCGACAAACAAAUUCGCCGUGGCAUGUCUCAAUGCCAAAGGUUCACUCGAAUAUUUCGAUCAUCCUUCCAAAGGUGUCAAUGGCGAGCAAUUGCAAGCAACCGUGUGCGCACUGGGCAGUCCACAAGCACGUUCAAUCAUCUAUACUAUCUCAGGGACACACGGCAUAGAAGGUUUUGCUGGAUCGAUGGCUCAAAUUAGUAUGCUUCGCAUGCCAUCGUCAACAUUUGGUGAUAAUGUUCGAGUUAUUCAUUUGCACAUGAUCAAUCCCUAUGGUGCUUCUUUUAUCUCAAAAGAGAAUGAACAAAAUGCUGAUCAAUUGAAAAAUGGAGCUCAAUAUUAUAGUCUCAAUUAUGAUAAUCCAAUACUACAACGUUUGAUUGAUGGGAUCGAUUUACCGAAUUUAUCAAAUUCAACAGUUCAACAACAAGCAUUUGCCCUGUUUGCUCAAUUGUAUACUGAAUAUGGCGAGAAUGCUGUCAAUACAGCGAUGAAAACUGGUCAAGGUAAACGACCACAAGGUAUUGCCUAUUUUGGACCGUCCAAAUCAUGGUCUAGUGAAACUAGUGAACAAGUAGUCAAUAAAUAUUUGCAAAAUGCUGACAAUAUUCUUCUGAUUGACUGGCACACGGCAGUCGGUUUAUAUGGUAAUUGGACUUAUUUACCACUAGAUAACGACUCAACCAUGACAUUUAAACGCUGGAUUCCAGAUGCUCCAACUGAACCCAAUGAUAUAGUCGUAGCGACCGGCGGUGAAUUGCCUUACAGUUAUAUUAAAACGAUAUCAGGUGCUAAACGUAUGAUUCGCGUCUUCUGGGAAGCUGGUACUUACCCCGUGACACCAAAUAUCAAUGCAAUGUUUUUUCUACGACUUCACUGUCGCUUUUAUCGUAAUGCCACCGAACCGUUUUGUCAAGACAUCAUUUCGCAGACCAAGGAGUAUUUCUACCCACAAGGAGCUGAUUGGAAAAGAUUAACUUAUAAUGCGGUCAAUGAGUAUCUUCCACGAGUAGUAUCUGGUUUUGUUGCCGAAGUUAGCAAUGGAACACCCGUGUUAAGAUUCCAUUUUUUUACGAUGACUGGACUGCUUCUCUGCCUUCUCCAAUCUACUAUUCAACUGACUCGUUGA